AAUUAUUUUUCAGCACUUGCCAUUAAAAUCACAAUUUUGAGCUCUACAGAAAAGAAAUAUCCUUCUUCAGUUCUUCGCACAGAUCUGAACAAAAACUCUUGAUUUCUCUCUCCUCAAUUCAACAAUGGAUGCUAUUGACCAAGUUUUUGAUCCAUUGAGAGAUUUCGCCAAAGACAGUGUUCGUCUUGUUAAGCGUUGCCACAAACCCGAUCGCAAAGAAUUUACAAAGGUGGCUUUCCGUACUGCUAUUGGAUUCGUUGUUAUGGGAUUUGUUGGAUUCUUCGUCAAGCUUAUCUUUAUUCCCAUCAACAAUAUUAUUGUUGGAUCUACUUAAUGGUUACUGUAUUUUGAUUUUGCCUUUGGAGAUCCAGGAAUGAAGAGAAUGGAUAAGCUAAACUUUUCUUUGGACUUAGUUGUAAUGUAGACUAAACAAUUUUAAUAUGUAGAUGGAUUGUGUACUAUUUUCAGCAGUUUUUCUUGUUCCUCACUGAAGUCCAAUUUUAAGAUAUGUUAGAAGCUUUCGAUUUUAUGUGCCA